AUGCCACAGCAGUCAGUGGAUGAAGACAAGUCAGGAGGAAGAAGAGGCGGGCAGGAAGGCUCCGAUGGAUACCGUGCUGCCCCUUCUUCUAGCUCCUUGGUGUGCAUCAUGUCCAAGUCCUGGACGAGAGAAGGGCAGGCACUGAAGGCCACCUCAGGACCUGCAGGAAUACAGAUUGGACAACAGAUGAACGUGCAACCAAGCGGAGGCGAUGUGACUCUCAGCCCGCUGGAGAGGGACCCCCGAGGUGACGUCAGCCAAGGGAAGAGUCACCGGGUGCAGCCAACGUGUCGCAGAAGAACUUCAAAGCAGGAUCCACACCCCCUGUUCCCUCUUUUAGCACUGAUUUUUGAGAAAUGUGAAUUAGCUACAUGCACACCCAGGGAGCCCGGGGUAGCGGGAGGCGAUGUUUGCUCCUCUGAGUCUUUCAAUGAAGACAUAGCAGUGUUCGCCAAACAGAUCCGAGCAGAGAAACCCCUCUUUUCCUCUCAUCCUGAACUGGAUAACUUGAUGAUUCAAGCCAUACAAGUAUUAAGGUUUCAUCUGUUGGAAUUAGAGAAGGUACACGAAUUAUGUGACAAUUUCUGCCACCGGUAUAUUAGCUGUUUGAAAGGAAAAAUGCCUAUCGAUUUGGUCAUAGACGAUAGAGAGGGCGGAUCAAAAUCGGACAGUGAAGACAUAACAAGAUCAGCAAAUCUAACAGAUCAG